GACCCCCGUGUGCCAGAGACCCGGAUGUUCAGCUUCAUUCCCGCCACUAGGCCGCUGGGUGCCAUGGCAGGGCAACGGACUGAGGAGACCCUGAUGUGGGGCUUCAUUCCCGCCGGUAGGCCGCGGCGUUCGGUUGCCGGGCAACCAAGUGAAGAUACCAGGACAUUGGGCUCCACCGCAGCGUCUAGGCCUCUGUGUUCGGUUGCCAGGCAACAGACCGAGAAGACCCGGAUGUGGGGCUUCAUUCCUGCCUUUAGGCCGCUGGGUUCGGUUGCCGGGAAAGCGCGUGAGACCCGGAUGUCCGGCUCCAGCAAGACUCCUGGGCCCCAGCCGGAAGAUGACUGGAUGUGGGGCUCCAAACCUGCAUGUGCUGUACAGAAGCUGCAGUCCGACCAGAGGCCACGGAGAGGCUAGGACCCGGAUGUGGACUGGGAGGGACCCCGAUGUGGACUGGGAAAGACCCAGAUGUCACCUAUCUCUGGGUCCACUGAGGGGCCAGGACCCAGAUGUGAACUGGGAGAAACCCGGAUGUCACCUAUCUCCGGGUCCACUGAGGGGCCAGGACCCGGAUGUGGACUAGAAGGGACCCGGAUGUCACUUUCUUCCAUGUCCACUGACCCGGAUGUGGCAUGGAGAAACCGGAUGUCACUUUCCUCCAGAUGCACUGAUGGGUCAGGAUCCGGAUGUGGACUAGGAGGGACCCGGAUGUCACCUUCCUUCAUGUCCACUGAGGGGCCAGUACACGGAUGUGGACUGGGAGGGACCCGGAUGUCUCCCUCAUUCGUGUCCACUGACCCAGAUGUGGCCUGGGGAACCCGGAUGUCACUUAUCUCCAGGUCCACUGAAGGGCCAGGACCCGGAUGUGGACUGGGGGACCCGGAUGUCACCCUCCUCCGUGUCCACUCUCCCGGAUGUGGCGUCAGGGACCCAGAUGUCACUUAUCUCCAGGUCCACUGAGGGGCCAGGACCCGGAUGUGGACUGGGGGACCCGGAUGUCACCUAUCUCCAGGUCCACUGAGGGGCCAGGACCCGGAUGUUGCAUGGGGAACCCGGAUGUUAUCACCACAUCCUGUUCCUUUCCAAGGAACAAGGGGACUUUUAUUUUGGAGGGGGGUUGUGGAGUUCUGGCUGCUGGAGUGACGUGGACAUUUGACCCCUGCGAGCUUCCUGGCUGGCAGGGAGAGCAGCAGGCCCAGGCGCUGAUGGCAGAGAACUGUGGAUGAAACGGGGAGCAUCAUGGGAAGGAUGCGAUCCUGGGCGCCAUGUUGGUCGCACAGCAGCUGCGCAGCCCCACCCCUCGCCUUCCUCCUCCUCCUCCUCCCCCCUGGCCCCUGUGCAGGCCCCGCCCCCUCGCGCCCCAACUUCCUGCUGCUCUUGGCCGACGACCUGGGCCUGGGCGACCUGGGCAGCUUCGGGAACCGCAGCCUGCGCACCCCGCACCUGGACGGCCUGGCCCGGGACGGCGUGCGGCUGACCCAGCACCUGGCGGCAGCGUCCGUCUGCAGCCCGAGCCGUGCGGCCUUCCUGACGGGACGCUACCCUGUGCGCCUGGGCUUGGUGACCACCAACGGGGCGCGCGUGCUGCAGUGGGCAGCCGUGUCGGGCGGGCUGCCCACCUCCGAGAUCACCUUCGCCAAGAUCCUGCAGGAGCAGGGAUAUGCCACCGGCCUCAUAGGCAAAUGGCACCUGGGCCUCAACUGUGAGUCCCCCACUGACCACUGCCACCACCCCCUGAACCACGGGUUUGACUCCUUCUUCGGGGUCCCCUUCACCCUGAUGGACUGCCUGCAAGCGGAGCCCUCGGAGAAGCGAGCGCGUCUGCAAGGGCCCCUGGACCUGGGGGCUCAGCUGCUGCUGCUUUCCCUGCUCUGCCUGGCCGCUGGGAAGGUCACGGGCCUGCUGGGCCUGCACUGGGUGCCCUGGGUGCUGGGCCCCGGAUGUGGGGCCUUGCUCCUGGCCUGCACCUCCCGCCUCCUGGGUAUCUUCAUCGUCCAUGCUGACUGCUUCCUGAUGAGGGAUCACCAGGUCGUCCAGCAGCCUCUGAGGUUUGAGGCCAGCGCGGGGCUCUUCUUGCGGGAGGCUGAGGCCUUCAUCCACAGGCACCAGGCCCGCCCCUUCCUCCUCCUCGUCUCCUUCCUCCACGUCCACGUCCCGCUGGUCACCUCACCUGCCUUCCGGGGCCGCAGCGUGCACGGCGCCUACGGCGACAACGUGGAGGAGCUUGACUGGAUGGUGGGGCGACUGCUGGCAGCGCUGGACGGUGCGGGGCUGGGGCGCCGCACCCUCGUCUACUUCACGUCGGACCACGGUGCCUCACUGGAGGCCCGGGCUGGGGGCGCCCGCCUCGGGGGUUCCAACGGCGUGCACCGAGGUGGCAAAGGCAUGGGCGGCUGGGAGGGCAGCAUCCGGGUCCCUGGGCUGGUGCGCUGGCCCGGGAAACUGCCCGCAGGGCGCCUGGUGCCUGAGCCCACCAGCCUCAUGGACCUGUUCCCCACCGUGGUGCUCCUGGCCGGGGGCUGGGUUCCGGCGGACAGGGAGGUGGACGGCCGGGACCUGAUGCCCGCGCUGCUGGGGACGGCGCAGGCCGCAGGCCACGACUUCCUGCUGCACUACUGCGAGGCCCGGCUGCACGCCGUGCGCUGGUUCGACCGCCCAAGCCACACGGUGUGGAAGCUGCACUUCGCCACUCCACGCUUCGACCUGCCGGGCUCGGGCACCUGCCUCGGUUUCCCUGCCUGCGCCUGCUCGGGGCGGCGAAUGACCCGCCACCGGCGGCCACUGCUCUUUGACCUGACGGCGGACCCAGGGGAGACUCGCCCGCUGCAGGGCCCGAUGGCGACGCGCAGGCGCGUGGAGGCCGCGGUGGCCCGGAUGAUGCGCAUGCGCCGCCCCCUCGCGGCCCCGCCCCUCGCCCCUGCACACAACACCUGGAGCCCGCGCCUGCAGCCCUGCUGCUCGCCCGGACCGCUCUGUGCCUGCGACCACCUGAUCCCCGACCUCUGACCCCGACCCGACCCCCAACCACCAACUUCCCUGGGGCUAUGGCAGAUCCUGGCCUGCGCCUCUCACAUCCGGGGACUCACAUCCGGGUAUUAAACAUCUGGGUAUACUCAAAUACAGAAAUUCCCACAUCCGGGGAUUCCCACAUACAGACUCUCACAUCCGGGGAUUCCUACAUCCGGGGAUUCCUACAUCCGGGGAUUCUCACAUCCGGGGAUUCUCACUUCUGGUGACACAUCCGGGGAUUCCCGGGGAUGUAUUUACACAUCUGGGGAAUCCUACAUCCGGGGACUUUUACAUCCGAGGAUUCUCACAUCCAGAGACUCUCACAUCCGGGGAUUCCUACAUACAGACUCUCACAUCCAGAGAUUCUCACAUCCGGGGAGUCUCACAUCCGGAAAUUCUCACAUCCAGAGAUUCUCCCAUCCAGAGAUUCCCACAUCCGGGGAUUCUCAUAUCCGGGGAUUCCCACAUCCGGGGAUUCUCAGACCAGGGAAUUCCCACAUCUGGGGAAAUCUCACACCCGGGGAUUCCCACAUCUGGGGAUUCUCGCAUCCAGGGAUUCUCACAUCUGGGGAUUCCCACAGCCGGGGAUUCUCACAUCCGGGGAUUCCCACAUCUAGAGAUUCCUACAUCCGGGGAUUGUCACAUCCAGGGACUUUUACAUCCAGAGACUUUCACAUGCGGGGAUUCUCACAUCUGGGGAACUCUUACAUCCGGGGAUUUUCACAUUCAGAGAGUCUCACAUCUGGGGAUUCUCAGACCCAGGGAUUCCCACAUCCGGGGACUCUCACAUCCUGAGCCUCUCAUCCUGGACCUCCACCUUGGUCCUCCCAUCCGGGGCCUUUUCCCAGCCUCCCAUCCAGGGCCCUCUCACAUCCGGGCCUAUGUCCUCUAACUUCUCACACAA